AUGGCCUUGGCUCAGUGGAACCAUCUCGCUGGCAUUACGGCAGUCUACUACGGCCCGUCCAUCGGCGCAAUUACGACGUUUAAGCACGGUGUCUCGGGCAAUGUGUUCGCCGCCACUGAGAUGAGCAUCAUUAUAUCGGACCUGACAUACGACGGUACAGGACCAGGGGGAAGGUUCAUGGCCGACAAGACAGAUAAACUCACCGACUCGGGUGACCUGAUUCCCGACGAACAUGGAAAGACCGAAAAACUGAAAAAAUACACCGGUGAAACAGUGCACCUGACUUUGACCAAGAAGGUCACCGAGUACAAGUCCUUCGGCAUUUAUUGCACAGUGGCAAAGGUUGACUUCGGCCACGUGGUGUUGCCUCCCAACUUCAUGCUGCCGAAAGAACAGAGCCUGGGCAAGCUGUCCCCUAUGCUGUGA